GUGCUUUAAAAAUAAGACAGCCAAGGAAAUUUAGGACACUUAUUUAGGACAACUAUUUGGAAACAGGACAAGGAUAUUUGUAAGGGAACCUUUUUGUCCGGUCAACUUUUUCAGGUAAACUUUUUCAGGUAAACUUUUUCAAGUCAACUUUUUCAAGUCAACUAUUUAUGCAAAAAAAGAUUUUCACGCUAUAAAAAAAAAAAAGAAAAGUUUCUUCUUUCAAAAUUCAAAAUGGCUACGCCUAUAUUUUUAACACGAUGCCAUGUUUGCAAUGAUCAUGAUUUCUCCAGUAGGCGCAAAUGUAGAGAUCAUUAUAAAUUAAAGCACUCUAUAAUCAUUAAAACAGCAAAUCAAGGAAGACCACCCAAAGAAACAAAUUUGGAUUUCAUUGAAAAAGUGAAUUUCAAUUGUCCAGCAUGUUCAUGGUAUUUUAAGACAAUCAACGAACUUGGUAGCCAUAUCGAUUUACAUAUUAAAAAUCAAAAUUAUGCUGAAAACUCAAACUUCAAGGAAGACUCAGACUCAGACUCUAAAGACUCAGACUUUGAAGACUCUGAAAUGAAUAUGAACCAAGAAGACAUUGUUACUGUAUCAAAUUCUGUGCCAAUUUUCAAAUCCCAACCAGUUCUAAUGGUAAUGGAAGAUUAUAGACGCAACCAUGAUGAAGCCUUAUUACAUGCAUGUCAGCGAGCCAGUGAUUCUGAAGAAAACAAAAAUCUGGCAAGAUAUGCUUUAAAAAGUUUAAAAUUAGAACCUUUUUCCAUCAUAAACGAAGAUGGAGAAGAAGAAAACGCUCUCGCACAUGUCAAUGUCAUUACUAAGGCUUCACAAUCAAAAUCGUCAUCUAUUAUACCUAUUACUCCAAUGAAAAGAUCUGCAAACGAAAUGGAAAAAAUUACCUUAUUCUGCAACAAUUGUUCAAUAAUCAAUCCUGUACCUUUAUACAAAUCAUUAACAUCACACGCUCCAUAUCCUAAACUCUUUGAUACACGAAAUUACAUUGAAUUAUCUGAUGAUUUAUGCCAGCUUUUAAAUCAAGAUUGGAAACUCUCACCUCAAAUGAAGUUUGUUGCAGCACAGUUAUUGGCAGUCAAGUUAUUAUUGCAAACAUUGUCGAAGUUUAUGGUCGUAAAAAAAGCGUUGAUAUACACCGUGAGCCCUUUGGUACUAAAAAAACAAUCAACACUACCAACCUCGUUACCACCUCCUGUUGUGUCUAGAUAUGAUAAUGUUUACCCCGUCACCUUAAAUAGUCAACAUGGACCUAAACUUGUCAUUGGAACUCAAACAAUGAAUUAUUUGGUAACAUCCUUUGUCCGUUUGGACAAGGAAGAAAAACCAAGUGUGGGGGCUGUAUCAACAUCAUUCAAAUUGGAAAAAUUAGAAGAAUCUUUGUCAACAAGAAUUUACAUCGAUAAGUAUGUCCUCAACAAAGCCAUGAAAUUAGCAGAGAAUAAAGACGCUAAAGCUGUGACAAAUUAUAAUAUUUUAGACCAGUUAAGACAGGUAAGCACACAUUUUAAGUCACCUUCAACAUAUUAUUUGUGUCGUGCGUCUGGGUUUGUAACUAGAACGCAUCAGUGCCAACCGUACUCUAUCUUUACAUUAUCAAACUUUGAUCGUGGUCGAUGCCCCUCUGCCGAAAUAUUCUCAAGUAUUGCUGAUAACGUUUUGCAAUUAGGUGACAAGGGAAGAUUGCAUAAGAGCGUAGUGGAAAAUGGCUUGUCAAGUGGUAAUAAAGAAAUCGAAAAAGUCAUCAACGAAAUUCUCAAGCUUUAUGGCGAUAAUAGACAGUCUAUAAGUAUUAUUGGAAAUACUGAAUUGAAUCCUCUUUUGGAAAAAUUGGCUGCUUUUCACCAAUCCUACAUCAAUUCAGCAAAUGAUUCAGUAGCAAAGGCUAUUACCGACUCAUUUCAAUUAUUCAAAAAGUGA